UUGAUUCCUUGGAUCAAUAUUCAUUCAUGAUGAAUCUACUCGAUACAAACCAGAGACUUUUCUACAGGGUAAUUUAUAUACAUUGAUUCCUUGGAUCAAUAUUCAUUCAUGAUGAAUCUACUCGAUACAAACCAGAGACUUUUCUACAGGCUCUUAUCUGAGAACACUGAAGAACUGAUGCCAAUAGUUUACACCCCAACCGUAGGACUGGCCUGUCAGAAAUAUGGAUUCAUUUUCACCAAUCCUAAGGGGAUGUUCAUCAGCAUCAAGGACAAGGGGCACGUGUACGAGGUGCUCAGCAACUGGCCUGAGAAGGACAUCAAGGCUAUAGUUGUUACAGACGGAGAGAGAAUCCUUGGUCUCGGGGAUCUUGGAGCUCAGGGUAUGGGUAUCCCUGUAGGUAAGCUAGCACUAUAUACUGCACUAGCUGAUAUACCACCUCAUCAAACUCUGCCUAUUACACUUGACGUGGGAACUAACAGGGAAGAACUACGGAAUGAUGUUGACUAUAUUGGACUGAGACAACCCAGGGUUAGAGGAGAAGAAUACGAUCAAUUUAUUGAUGAAUUUAUGCAGGCUGUUUUCCGAAGGUUUGGGCAGAGCUGUUUAAUUCAAUUUGAAGAUUUUGGAAAAGAUAAUGCUUUCCGUCUACUUGAGAUGUACAGGGAUAAAUACUGCACCUUUAACGACGACAUCCAAGGAACUGCUAGUGUGGCACUUGCUGGUAUAUUGGCUGCUCUCAAGGCUACGGGGAAAAGUUUAAAGGAACAUACUUUCCUUUUCCAGGGUGCUGGACAGGCUGCUGUAGGGAUCGCUCUAUUGAUCGCUAUGGCUCUAGAGAAACGAGAAGGAUUAACCAGAGAAGAAGCAUUGAGUCAUGUUUGGCUUAGAGACUCUAAAGGUUUGGUGGUAAAAGACCGACCAAGUGGGGGUAUAAGUAAACCAAAGGCACCCUUUGCCCACCCUCACGAGCCGAUGGAGGAUCUAAUGGAAAUAAUUAGAUCGAUUAAGCCAACCUGCCUUAUUGGGGCUGCAGCUAUACCUGGAGUCUUUACACCAGAAGUUAUCAAGGAAGUUGGAGACUUGAACGAAACCCCGAUAAUCUUUGCUCUGUCCAACCCUACCAGCCAGGCGGAGUGCACGGCUGAGGCGGCGUAUACGUACACAGAAGGCAGGGCUAUAUUCGCCUCAGGAUCUCCUUUCCCACACUUUCAAGGGUUUGGAAAAAGCUUUGAGCCUGGGCAAGGAAAUAAUGCUUAUAUAUUCCCUGGAGCAUCUCUAGGCGUUAUAGCAGCAGGAAUCAGGCAUAUUCAUGAAUCAGUAUUCCUGUUUAUUGAAUCAGUAUUCCUGUUUAUUGCUGAGGGAUUGGCUGAUAUGGUGACAGCUGAUGAUCUUAAAGAUAAAGAGAAGCAUAUUAAAGAAAUGUUGUACAAUUACAACUACGACGGGGACUCUAAUCUGCCAGCUGUUUAUAAGUGGUAA